GGCAGCAGGAAGCCACAUGUAACUAUUGCGCAGAAAAGGGCCAUAUUAUGCGGUUUUGCCAACUCCUGUCAAGAGAUGAGAAGGAAGGAAUUGUCUUCACCACGAUACGCGGUGAAGUCUUUGAUUACGAAGGGAAUUCAAUCGACCCCAAUAUUGAAGGGGGUAUGAGGAAGGAGGCGUUUCGCCGAAUGGGUCGUCCCCUGCCGGCAACGUUCCGGAUUGCUUCUCCUGACGAAGCGCAGUUGGCCGAGGUCGAGGAGGCGAUGGCUUCGUUACAUAUUCACGACUCGCCGACGGAACCAGAAGGGUUUAGGGAACAAGUGGUGGAACGAGCACAAACCAUCACGAGGCGGCUUGCCCGAUGCCGGGACUCUAUCGCCCGACUUUGUGUGGACAUGGAGGAAGUCUGGCCUGGAUUGCCGAAUGUCUUUCUCUUCGGCGAAUGGGGUGAUAAAAGGGAAGAUGCGUCUGGUCAAGCAGGGACGUCUGCUCCGAGAGAAACAUCACAAACUGGGUCAAUGGUCCAGAUUGGACAGCAGGAGUACUCGGCACUUGUGGAUGAUGGGGCCGAGAUGAACAUCAUUCGUGAGCGCCAUGCCAUCGAAGUUGGGUUGAAGAUCAACCGAGAUGACUAUGGAUUUUUGGUGGGAGCUAGUGGAUCAACUCCAUUUUGCGGAACAGCCAGUGGCGUUCUCGUCACGAUCCGAAAGGUCAAGGUCCGUUCGUAUUUCUACGUGUUACCUAGAGUGGAACACGAGGUGCUUCUGGGAAGGGCAUUCCUAUGUCGAUCGGAGAGCAUCAUCAUUAACAAGCAUGAUGGAAUCAUGUUUGUAAUCCUUUGUGAUCCUGUCUGCGGUUAUUACGAAGUGGUCAAGUGUGCGAACUCUGGACCCUAUUGCUCGCGGAACCGGCUGAACCCGGAAUCCUAUAGCUUCCCGGAGUCAGAAAAUUUGAGACGGGAGAAAGAAUCGUUAGGGGAGGAGUCGAAUGCUCAGGCGGAUCAGACGGAAAAAUCAGUUCCGGUCGAUGCCUUUCCGAAGGAAGAGGAGGCGCGAUUGAGUAUUAACACUCUUGCCUACCUGACUGAUGCAGCCACUCGGCAUGGGAAAUUGAUAUGGAAUGCUCUUGCCUUUCACGAGGUACGUCCAAAACUCGUGGUGGAGGAACCUUUCAUCGAAGAGGAUCCAUGGGGCGAGCAGACCGCAGAGGAAAUGAUGAGGCUGACUUUGACCGGUGACAUCGACCUUAUGCUUGAUCCGCUAACGAUUGAACAGGGCCAUACGCAGGUUGAUGCCGCUUUCCAGAUCAUUGGAAGGAUGUCAUAUAUCAUGAAUUUGUUGGUUCACGAGGAUCGUCUGAGGUUAAUGAAUGCGGGGGAAGGAGGCGGUGAGGUGAAAGAAGCGUUUAAGGAAAAGGAGUACGAAUUGGGCGAAAGUGCGAUGGUGCAUUCGGAUCUUUUGGUAAUGCCACCUGGGAUAAAUGGAUAUAGAUACAUCUUUGAUGCACGGGACAAUUUGACUGGGUUCGUUGAUGGCCGUGCCAUUCGCGAACGUACUGGAUCAGUCUUGGCAGAGUGCAUUGAGGAAUAUUACCUUCGUUAUCCAUUUGUUCAAGAGAUUGUUAUGGAUCGAGGAGGCGAGUUUCGAACAAAGGAGGUGCAAACGCUUUUAAAGAGACUUGGGGUUGGAAAAGGCCAACGGUGGAUUCCAGGUUCCGGGGAAAGACCCGCCGGAGGUUAAUUCUGGCCCCAUUCCAACUCGUGACUGAAUGAAAGUGCCUUCGAAGG